UUAGUUAUUCUUGUAUUUACAAGUUUUGUAAGUCGUCUUAUUUUAAUACACGGUAUAAUUAUUUGUGUUUACGUGACUUAUAUUUACAGUAGGGUUCGGUUAUAUGGUUUUAUUUUUAAUAUUUAGUUUAUAGUAUAUAAAUAUUAUACACGUAUAAUAUUUGAUAUAUUUAACAGCGGAUUUUAUGAGUGGCAUUAUGGCGUCUCGAUUGGCAAGCUGGUGGCGCACCUCGCUCAAACAAAGACCCGUGAUCACAAACACGGUGGUGUAUGCUACAUUUUACACCGCGGCUGAGCUGUCACAGCAAACGUUCAAUAAGCUCUAUUCGCCGGAAAAGGUCGAGAUAGAUUUAACCUCCGCAGGCCGUAUUGCAACCGUUGGAAGCUGCUUGUAUGCACCUACCCUUUACUAUUGGUAUAAGUUCCUGGAUAGAAAAUUCGUCGGGACGGCUGUCAAAUCAGUAGCAACGAAGGUUGCGUCUGACCAGUUCAUCAUGACCCCAUUGUUGCUUGCUGCAUUUUACACAAUAUUAGGAGUCCUUGAGCGAAAAGAAGACGUAUUCGAAGAACUAAGAGACAAAUAUUGGAAAACAUUCAUCGCAAACCAAGCCUUCUGGAUUCCUGGACAGAUUAUAAACUUUUCAUUUGUUCCUUCCAAUUUACGGGUCGUAUAUGUAGCGUCUGCUUCAUUUAUAUGGAUAAAUGUUCUUUGUUAUAUAAAGAGACAAAAAGUUGUUAAAAAUGUUGAGUAGGUCAGUUAGUUGAUUACUUGCUACAUAUACUUCGUAAAUAAAGGCUCAUUAAUCAAGAAGUAUUGUCAAUAGUAUAUAACAGGGCUGUUAGCAAAUCGCAUGGAAUGUGUAAAUUUAAGGAUUGAUUAUAUCUCUCUCUUCUUUGAUUGGAAUAUUAUACGACGAGCGAGGAAUAUAGUGACCUUGAUCACAGAUUGGUUGUUGUGUUGGAGGCUUAAUUUUAAUUAAGUCAUUUAUAGUCAGUUAAUUUCUGCAUUUAUAUAAGUAAUUUUAAUUUCGAAGUUGAAUCACGUGUCGACGGCCGGCCAGUAAAUUGGUCAUUUAAAAAUUUUGAAACAUCAUUUGUAAAUGUGAUAUUAUGAAUGUUUUAUAAAAUAAAUGUUAUAUAAAUACAUAGAUACAAACAAAAUUAAUUCUAUUAUUAUUACAAACUAUAAAUAAUUAUGUUAACUAAGUGAAACUAAUAGGGUAUGAAUUAUGUUUAUAUGUAAUAAAUCAAAAGUUAUCUACUUAUGUUAUAAAACAUAAAAAAUAACUGCAGCUUAACCUGCUAUUUCUUCUCGAUUCUUCUACAAUCCGAAAUCAAUUUUAAUUAAGUAAAACAAAAUACACUUAAUUAAAAUUGAUUGAUAUUACAAUUAAUUUCACUUAUAACUCAUUUUUAGUAUUUGAGCACAAUCUUAUUAAAGUGAUUUCAAAUCGCAAUAACACAUAAUACGAAAUGGUGUAUCGAGGUGAGAGACGUAAGUACUAGUAAGAGCCGAGAUGAUGCUGGAAUACAGACAAGCAAUACUGAGUACAUAUUUGUGUUCAUAAUUCAUCUCGUCCUUGGCGAGGUUCUUGUGAUAUAAUAUAAUAUUUGCUUAUAUAAUUUAAUUAUUCUUAUGUAAUGUUUUAAUCCAUUUUAUCCGAAAAUUGUCACACUGAGGAGAUAUUAUUAUAAAUACACUAUAUAGCACUGAUGGUCCAUGUAAAAAUAUGUAAAUUAAAUAAUUAUUUAAUUCCAAAGAUAGUGUUUAAAAAUGCAUUUUUAUUGUAAUACUCCCUAAAUUAUAUUUUGUUGUUUAAUUUUAAAAUUGUUUUUGAUGUCCUUAAUAA